GUUAAAGAGUUACUGCUUUCCUUCGGGCAAUUGCGUGCCUUCAAUUUGGUGAAGGAUGCCGCAACAGGCUUGAGCAAAGGGUAUGCCUUUUGCGAAUAUGUUGACUUGAGCAUCACUGAUCAAGCGAUUGCUGGCUUAAACGGUAUGCAAUUGGGUGACAAGAAAUUGAUAGUACAACGCGCAAGUGUUGGCGCUAAAAAUGCGCAAACUAAUUCCGCUGCUGCGGCACCAGUAACUAUACAGGUGCCUGGCCUUUCAAGUCUUGUAGUCAAUUCUGGGCCACCCACCGAAGUUCUCUGCUUGCUUAAUAUGGUAACACCAGAUGAGCUACGCGACGAAGAGGAAUAUGAAGAUAUUUUGGAGGAUAUCAAGGAGGAAUGCAAUAAGUAUGGCGUUGUCCGUAGUGUUGAGAUACCACGACCCAUUGAGGGCGUUGAUGUGCCCGGUUGUGGUAAAGUAUUCGUUGAAUUCAAUUCAGUUAUGGAUUGUCAGAAGGCACAACAGGCGCUGACUGGACGUAAAUUCAGUGAUCGUGUCGUGGUUACAUCUUACUUUGAUCCGGACAAAUAUCACCGGCGCGAAUUUUGAAUGAAAGUUUAAACAUAUUUAGGGGAUUCACAACUUGUGUCUUAAAGUCUUAAAAAUUGUCAAUGUAAAGUAAUGGUCAAAAGCGUUUUAGGAGAUUUGCAGGGUAUAAUAAGAGCCAAUAAGUUUGCCCAUUACCGUAGGCGUGGUCGUUUGGAAACGAAAUUAAGACGAGAAUUUGGCAUCACCGUUGGCGUUAUCGACAUUUAUCCGAUAUACAUAUACCGACAGAUAGUAACGACGUAUAAAUAAUAUUCGUUAUUUUUCGACCUAAUUGUCAA